AUGUCUAAUUCAGAUCCAGAGAAUUCGCCCAAAGCUAAGGUAAGUGUCUUGAUCACAACUAUCAAACCCCAAAUCGAAGAGAGUGCUGACGAAAGUGAAGAGAAUGAAUUCGAAGAGAAAGAGAAGGAAUCUGAUAAUGGAUAUUAUGGGGGAUAUAUACCCCGGAUGAACCAACUCGUUAAAAGAACCUCUGGUUACUCACAAUGCUUCCCUCAAGCGAAUACCCUCGACGUAAAAACUGUUCCAGCUGACCUGGUUCCUAACACGAAGACUAGCUUCACUAUCUCUGGACAAUUUGAGGGUCAAUUUACCGGUGCAACCAGAGUAGAAAUUGAUGUAUUAAACAAAGACCAGGACUGGCUCUACGGAUUUAGUGGCCAAGGCUGCCCAUUUUCGUCGUGUCCAUAUGAUGCAAACAACGGUUUUACUAUAACAGUGACAGCUGAUCUGAAGGAUCUUCCUAAAGGAUAUAAAAUCGUGGUUGCUAUCUUUUUAGAUUAUGACAACAAUCGCGAGCGUCCUGAUGCCUGUGCAAUAGCUUCCGACAAUAGUUAG